AUGCGUGAGGCCAUUUGCAUCCACAUCGGCCAGGGUGGCGUGCAGAUCGGAAACGCCUGCUGGGAGCUCUUCUGCCUUGAGCAUGGUAUCCAGCCGGAUGGUCAGAUGCCCAGCGACAAGACCAUCGGUGGUGGAGAUGACGCAUUCAACACUUUCUUCUCCGAAACUGGCGCCGGAAAGCACGUUCCUCGCUGCGUCAUGGUGGAUCUUGAGCCGACCGUCGUGGAUGAAGUUCGCACAGGAACUUAUCGUCAGCUGUUCCAUCCAGAGCAGCUGAUCUCUGGCAAGGAAGAUGCUGCGAACAAUUUCGCCCGCGGCCAUUAUACGAUCGGCAAAGAAAUCGUGGAUUUGGUUCUGGACAGGAUCCGCAAGCUGGCCGACAACUGCACCGGGCUACAGGGAUUUUGCGUCUACAAUGCCUGCGGUGGAGGAACGGGCUCCGGCCUGGGUUGCCUCAUGCUGGAGCGCUUGUCCGUCGACUACGGCAAGAAGAGCAAGAUCUCCUUCACGGUGUGGUGCUGCCCGCAGGUGGCAACGGCAGUCGUCGAGCCGUACAACACGGUGUUGUGCGUUCACUCGCUGUUGGAGCAUACGGAUGUGACGAUCAUGUACGACAACGAGGCCUUGUACGAUAUUUGCCGCAGGAACCUGGACAUCGAGCGCCCCACGUACACCAACCUGAACCGCUUGAUCGCCCAGAUCAUCAGUUCCCUGACGGCCAGCCUUCGCUUCGAUGGAGCCUUGAACGUGGACAUCACGGAGUUCCAGACGAACCUGGUGCCGUACCCGCGCAUCCACUUCAUGCUCACGUCCUAUGCUCCGGUCAUCUCUGCCGAGAAGGCCUACCACGAGCAGCUGUCCGUGGCUGAGAUCACGAUGUCUGUCUUCGAGCCGGCGUCCAUGAUGGUCAAGUGUGAUCCUCGUCACGGGAAGUACAUGGCCUGCUGCAUGAUGUACCGCGGCGAUGUUGUGCCAAAGGAUGUGAACGCGGCCGUGGCCACCAUCAAGACCAAACGCACCAUCCAAUUCGUGGACUGGUGCCCCACGGGAUUCAAGUGUGGCAUCAACUACCAGCCACCCACCGUGGUCCCAGGUGGAGACUUGGCAAAGGUCAUGCGCGCUUGCUGCAUGAUCUCCAACUCCACGGCCAUCGCCGAAGUCUUCUCACGCAUCGACCACAAGUUCGACCUCAUGUACUCGAAGCGAGCCUUCGUGCACCACUACGUUGGUGAAGGUAUGGAGGAGGGUGAGUUCUCGGAAGCGCGCGAGGAUUUGGCCGCCUUGGAGAAGGAGCAUUGGCCGCUAGGGCCAGGGUCGGGACGACAGCGUCGGAGAGUGAGGGCCAGCGAGAGGAACAGAUACGUAUACGUAUGUGCUAUGUAA